UCCGCCGCGGGAACAACCCGGAAGCGGGCGGCGCUGGAGCCAGAGCCCUUUCCUGCUUGUGCGCGCCAGAGACAGACAGAGAGAGAGAGAGAGGCAGGCACGGGCUGGGAAAGGAGCGUCUGCACGGCGGGAACCGAACCGGAACCAUGACUCACCAGACCGGCAUCCACGCCACUACGGAAUUAAAGGACUUUUUUGCCAAGGCUCGGAAUGGUUCGAUCCGCCUCAUUAAGAUAGUCAUCGAAGAUGAGCAAUUAGUGCUUGGAGCCUACAAAGAACUUUCUCGGCGGUGGGAUAAGGACUACGACUCUUUUGUGUUGCCGUUGCUGGAUGAACUGGAACCAUGUUACAUUCUCUACCGCCUGGACACCCAGAAUGCACAGGGCUAUGAGUGGCUUUUUAUCUCCUGGUCUCCUGACAAUUCUCCUGUUAGACUGAAAAUGCUUUAUGCUGCAACCAGAGCGACAGUGAAAAAAGAGUUUGGAGGUGGACAUGUAAAAGAUGAACUUUUCGGAACAGUUAAGGAAGAUGUCUCUCUUAGUGGUUAUCAGAAGCAUGUGUCAUCCUGCUCUGCUCCAGCUCCUCUGACAGCAGCCGAACAAGAGCUUCAGCAGAUCCGCAUCAAUGAGGUCAAGACCGAAAUCAGCGUAGAAAGCAAACACCAGACUCUUCAGGGGCUGGCUUUUCCUUUGCAACCAGACGCACAGCAGGCAAUUCAGCUCCUCAAGCAGAAGAAAAUCAAUUACAUCCAGCUGAAACUGGACCUGGAGCGGGAAACCAUAGAAUUGGUCCAUACAAAUGCCACUGAGAUCGCAGACCUGCCAAAAAGAAUUCCUCAGGAUUCUGCCCGUUACCACUUCUUUCUGUAUAAACAUUCUCAUGAAGGCGACUACUUGGAGUCAGUGGUGUUUAUCUACUCGAUGCCUGGUUACAAAUGUAGCAUCAAAGAGCGCAUGCUGUACUCUAGCUGCAAAAGCCGGCUGCUUGACACAGUGGAGCAAGAUUUCUCCCUAGAGAUUGCAAAGAAGAUUGAAAUUGAUGAUGGCGCUGAGCUGACAGCAGAAUUCUUGUAUGACGAAGUCCACCCCAAACAGCAUGCCUUCAAGCAAGCCUUUGCCAAGCCUAAGGGGCCUGUGGGGAAAAGGGGACAGAAGCGACUUAUCAAAGGACCAGGCGAGAAUGGCGAAGAAAGUUAAAUCCCAAUGGACAGAAGGACAGGGGUCAGGAAAAUGGGCUGUGAAGCUUCUACCAGCUUCCAGAGUUGCAGCUCCAACCAACCUUGGCAUUUGAGCCUGUCCAUUGAACUCCAGAGCCUUUUCCCCUCCACCUCUUCUUUCAGGGUCCUGUCCAUCUGAUUUCAUGGAGCUGGGGCAAAACGUGGGGGCAAAAGAGGGAAAGCUGCCAUGUCUUCCCUUUUGCCCUGUUGUUGUGUAAAUUCUGGGGGAGGGUGUGUAGGAAGGGGAACCCUAAUUGUUCUAGUUUGACAUUACAUUGUGACCUGGCUUGCUUGGGAUCUGUGCUGCAAAAUUUUAUUUGUCUGAGGGAGUUGCUUACAUGUGAAGAGCAAGAACCAAUCACCACUUUCCUUCCUUCAUGUAAACCCCACACAUAUUCUUUUAUGUCUUGGGUUGUUCUUUCUCAAUCACAGGAAAAAUAGAGAGAAAACAUCACAACAUUAUCAGUACUCUUUAGUAUCCCACUACCAUUAAUUCCAUUCCCUUGCUGAGACAGGCUUGUUUGCGUAGAACCUCAUAUACUGUUGAGACUUAAUUAGAGAAGUAUAUUCCAGAUAUGAACAUGGCAGUUCUGUUUCUACUCCCCCUGCCCACCUUCCUUGCACUUUUAAUUGUGUUCUGUUUUGUUUAACUUGAGCCUGUGGAUUUUCUGGAGAAGGGGCUGCAGAGGGUAGUGGGGUUUAUUCAGAAAGAAAGAAGUGUCUUGUUCGGGUGCAAUACUGCCGCUCCCUCCCUUGAUGGACUCCUGAGAACUGCAUUCAUUUCAUUGUGAAUUGUCUUAACAUCCCAUUUCAGUUCUUUCUGUCUAGCCUUGUUUGUGGCAAAGUUAUGAACUUCCACCACUGAUUCCUAGGAGCCAAGAUUGCUUGUUAAAGGAGUUGUCCUGUUGUCUUUUUUUAUAAAGCUAUGCAUUGUAGACCCAUUGGUUGAUUCUGGUGUGAUACCCCUCCUACCCCAUGCUUUGCUUGGAUGGCUCAGUGGCUGGUGCCAUGGUCACACAAGAAGAGAAGACAAGGGGUGCUUAGGAACAAGUGUAAAUCUCUGCCCUGUUGGAAUCUCCUUGACUUAGCAAAGAUCAAGGCUCUAGUCAUUUUCACACCCUCCUUGUACAUCAUCCCUAAUACACCUUCACAACCAUUUUAUAGGGAAAGUUAGCUAAGCCACACAUGGCCCCACCAACUUUCAGCCUUAUAUUCCAUAAACAUCCUGAGAUUUUUUUGUCUGACUUUACUGAGAAAAUGUGGGCCUGAACAGGCUGUUUGCAAGCUAGAUGGUUCCAAUUAGUGCCUCCAGUGGGGACUUUCUGUGAACACUGUAAAGCCAUCUGACUCCUUGGCCCACUGAGAGAUUUGCUCCGGUGUCGGUCACUACACAUAGCCAUAUUUGCUGUCAUUCCAGCACUGCACUGACACCAGUGCAUAACGUUACAAAUAUUGUAGCUCUACAAUAGAGCUUUGCCCAGCCAAGGGAGUGCUGGCACUUUCACAGAUCACUGAUCACUGAUUGGGCUGUGUUCCAUGUGGAGUGUACUUUGCCCACAGGGUGGUUCAAUUCCUAAGAUAGAUGUUGUUUACUGGAAAAGGUUGUUGUAAAUCUGCUUCAAGCAGGUGGAAGGAAGGGGAUGGCUUACACAAUGAGAAUGUUACUCAUGUUCCAAAGUGAGGUGAGCAGUUGGUCAGCUCUGAAGGCAAGUAAAGGAGUAGGCACCGGCCCAAGCUCCCACAAGGCUCGUGCCCCAAAUUUGAUUUAAUUUAGGAACACCUGAAAAUCAGUGAGAGAAAUGUAUUAUUUCUGGGUAGGUCAUGCAAUCAAUUGUGCUUGAUUAAAAUUCAACUUCUGACCCAUUGGAGAGCUUCUUAAUUCUUCUUAAUUUUCUGGGUUUUUUUUAUCUCAUAUAAAAAAGGAAAAGGAAAAAAUCAUCCUGAAGUCACAAGCCUUGAUGGAUAAGAAUCAAUGAAGUGGUGUUAGUUUGAUGACUUAGCAUUUUGGUUUCUCAUCCACAACCACCACCCCUUAAAAAAUUUGUUGUCACGUGUCUUCAAGUCCUACAUUUAUGGAGUCUCUAAGGUGAACUUAUAACAGGAUUUUCUUGACAAGAUUUGUUCAGAGGAGUUUUGCCCUUCCCUUCUGGGGCUGAAAGAGUGUGACUUGUCCAAGGUCAAUGGCUGAGAAGGAAUUUGAACCCUAGUCUCCUUGUCCUGCAUCACACUGGUUCUGUUUUAAGAUAUUAGUGUAUUUUGUUUUUUGAAUGCUGCAGUAGAACCAAAGAAUUGAAGUAGCAAAAUAUUGAGGUGGUUUGCCAGUGAAUGAACUCGUAUUUGCUGUAGCUUGUUCAUUUUUGUAGUGGAAGCAGCAGGGACUUGAAAUCAAGAACAACAGAGGUUGGAGAAUGUAUGGGAGCGAGCAAUAACUUCCAGAAUCCUUGGAGACUUGAAGGAGUUUCAGUCUUGAAAAAGAUCGGGUUCAAAGAAUUAUGCAGUAGAUCAUUUUAAAAACAAACAGACAAAUCAGAAAAUAACAGAAAUGUAAGUUUCAGAGCUCUUCCUCAGAUUCUGAGAUUGCAUACUCACCCUAUUUUGCUAUUUUGAGUGGUUUAUCAUAUUUCGGACUUUCUUCACUAUUCUUUUAGAAUUGUUCAGUUCUUGGUUCCAGUAUUUGGUGCAUGGGAGACAAUAGGGUACAGUCCAUAUUUGGCUCUAACCAGCAUGGUUCUUGAAUAGAUAAAGUUGACAUUCAAAUAGGCAUAAUGAAACAAUCUAUGGGCCACGACAGUAGUGGUGCUGUGUGUUUUAGUUAUUUUCUAAGUAAAAUGUGUCAUGGUUGCAGUCACCUUCAAAAUUUCCAUAUUUCCAUAUUCUUCCUCCUAUUAACAGCAUUACUCUGUUCAUUCAAAGCGAGGAUUGAAUGAAACUUGCAUGGGAAAUUUGGAUGACAACUCCUGUGAUCCCUUACUGUUGACUAUGCUGGUUCAGUCUCAUGAGGCUUGCAGUUACACUUGGCAUGCCAAAGUUUUCCCACUCCUUUUUGUAAGUGUGUUUAUAAUAAUCAUUGUUGGCAUGUCCUCUAAUAUGAAUCUGUUGAAUUUGCCACAUGUGAAUUAAAUCACAGUACCUUAUUAUCUCCAUCUCACCUUGGAAACUAAGCAAGGUCAACUCUGAUUAGUGCUGGAAUGGUAAACCACCAAUGAAUAUCAGGUGCUGAAAGCUAUAUUUGAGAGGAAGGAAGUGGUAAAACCAUUGCUGAUUAUUCCUUGCCUAAGAAAGCCCUAUGAAAUUGAUGGAGUAACUAUAAGUCAAUAGGUACUUGAAGGCACGCACAAAAUCCAAAAGAAAUUGAGUAGGAUGCAGACUCUAUAAAUUGUAUCUCUUUUUCAAUUAAGGGUUUGAAUGCUGUCAAACUGGUCUAAAUCAUUUCUUUUUUGUUGUAUGAAAGCAGAACAUUAUCACUUAAUAAUGUUGGUCUUGUCUUCCCAUGAGUACAUCAACUUCAUGGUCAGUUUCAAUUUAAGGACUGGUCAAAAUUUCCAUGAAGGAGAGAGAUGAUAUUUAGCCCCUGCAUCUCAGCACCACCCUUCUUGUUUCAUCCUUUUCUUUUCAGUGACCUGCCGACAAGAGCCAAAUCUCAGUCUUUCAGAGAGAUUACAGGACUGCUGUUUCUCUUCUCACCAGCUUUUGUCUCCACCUAUAUCUGUGUCCAUCGCUGGUGCCUGUAUUAUGCCUUGCAGAUAAUAUCUGGCUGGUUGCCUUUUGUGGCAGAUCACUCAGAUUCCAUAGUUUAAAACCAGCCUUGCAGGAUGUAGAUCACAGUGAUCUGACAGCUCCAUAAAGACCCCCUUGUCCCUAGGCUACUCUUCCCCACACCCCAUCAAAAUGGGAAUGGAAAAUCCCUCCCUGCCCCCAGCUACUCUGUGGACCACCAGAAGCACAUUAGCUGAGAAUUAGAAACAGAUAAUAAAACAACAAGGAAUGUUACUUGGAGUAUGGGAGAUCUGAGUAUUCACAGUCUGCCUGUGAAAACAGCUCCCCACCCCAAACACUGAUUUUGAUUGUAUUGGAACUGUCCAUUAUCUAGCAAUCUAGCAUCACAAUUUUCUCUGCCUAAUACUAAACCAGAAGAGCUGGUCUUUCCCACUCUUAAGUGGUUUGAAGUUAUUGUAUUAGACUGUUCUAAGGUCACAUAAUGUAGUUCUAAGGCCAGGGUGAUUUCUUGAGCAUUCACCAUAUUUGUACUUGGAAUUUACUUGGUAUAGAUGGUUUGGGUUUUAUGUAGAUGACAGGGGCCAUUUUGUAGUAGCCCUCAUGUGGUGUUGCAAGAGCCCUAGGCAUAUAGCAUUAAAUCAAUGGAAUUAUCAAAGAACAACAUUAGGAAAUUCUUGCACAUCCUCAGAGGAAGCUGUGAUUGGUUUAGUCCAGACAAAGCUCUAGAAGAUUGUAGAUAGUUAGCAGUUGUAUCAGAAAGACUAAUUGGCAAGAUUAUGAAAACAAGGAGUCCUUCAUUCUAUCAUUGAGUUUCACUUGCCACCAUGAUAAGCAAGAUACUGGCUGCACACUAACAGUGUCCUUUUCCACACUAACAGUGUCCCAAAACUUUCAUGAACAGCAGGUUUGGAGAAAGUACAAGAUGCACAUUCCUGACUGGGCUGGAUGACGAUGUGGAUUUGGUGAUUAUGUGAAAGGCAGGGCACACUGUACUGAAUGCUGUAUUUUCUAAAAAAUAAAAUAUUUUUAAAGCAA